AUGGGUCGGCUACAACCAACAGUCGUUGUUACUCCUCAGGCCAAUAGACGAUCAGACAGGGCCAAGAGAGCAAAGGAGACUGUCAACAAAGUAAUUCCGGACCUUCUCAAAUCGAGUCCGAGAGCGAGACAUGGCAUCCACAACGCCGUCCUUACGAGCGAUCCCAAACCGGAAAAAGAUAUCAAGUCGUCGACAUCAAACUUGACAAUCAGACUCUGCAACACUGAUUCCCUUACUGCGGCACGUCGAUUGACCCAUUCAUCCCCAACCAGAUCAACAAAUGUUUGCAUCCUUAAUAUGGCUUCUCCUCUUCGCCCUGGUGGUGGAUUCCUGGACGGUGCCACUAGUUCCGAGGAAUUCUUGUGUAUGCGUACCACAUUGUAUGCUUCGCUCUGGGAUGACUUUUACCGACUACCCGAACUUGGCGGAAUAGUAACUCCGGAUGUACUGGUACACAGAGACAGCACUCCUGAGGCAGAAGAUUUGCCAAAACGUGAAAGAUUCUUUGUCGACAUUAUCAGCGCGGCCAUGAUUCGAUUCCCUGAGACCAACAGCGCACGUCUCGCCGAGAAGGAAGAGGCCGAUGGUAGUUGCUCAUGCGGUGUCAGCUACUGCGACCGUGACCGCGAACUUGUGACACAUAAGAUGCGUGGCGUGCUUCGCAUGGCGCAAGCUCGUGGAGCUGAAAAGCUUAUCCUUGGAGCGUGGGGUUGCGGCGCUUAUGGUAACCCUGUGCGUGAGGUCGCAAAAAUCUGGAAGCGUGUCAUACUCGGUACUACCAGAAAGGCGGAGUCAUGGCCAGGUAUCAAGGAGAUUGUUUUCGCCAUUACCGACCGCGGUCAAUUGAAGGAAUUUGAGAAAUGCUUCGGAGAC